GUUUAGAGUCAUUGGGAAAGUUCCUUCGGUCGCGCCGGAAGUCGGUCUGUCAGGGCUGAGGAGAUUCUGGAAGGGCCUGCGAGCUUAGGUCCGCGCGCUCCGACGCCACCAUGGACCGGAGGAAGAAACCCCUGGACGUGGCAGCGUCUUCGUUAGUCGAUCUUAAGGCCGAACUUUUCCGCAAACAAGAGGAAUUCAAACAGGAGAAACUUCUAAAAGAUUCUGGAAUUUUGGGAAAACCAAAAACAACUAAUAAGAAACCAAGUGUCUGGAGCAAACAGAAUGCAGGGGUUUCCGGUCGAGCUGAGAAGGAUGCGGAGCAGAAGGCUGAGGAGCAGAAGACUUUGGACAAAGCAAGGGAAAAAUUGGAAGAAAAAGCUAAAUUAUAUGAAAAAAUGACUAAAGGAGACUUUAUAGAUGAGGAAGUGGAAGAUUUGUACCUUGUGGAUUUCACGCAGAAGAUCAUAGACAAACGAAGAGAAAUGGAAGCCUUGGGUGCCAAAAAAGAGUCUCAAAAUACAGGAGAAAGGGACGACGAUGAAGAUAUUCUUUCUGAAAAAGAUCUGCCUCCUCCCCAAGAUCCCGGUGAAGAAUGGGUGGAUUACGUGGACUCACUGGGCCGAUCCCGGCGCUGUAUGAGAAAGGAUUUACCAGAUCUGCUGGAGAUGGAUAAAAAUCUUCAAGGGAGACUUUUCAUCAGUCCUGCUAAUGAAAAAACCUUAUUAUCUGAAGAUAUGAGAAAAGAACUUCAGCGCCAGCAGUGGGAAGAAGAAGAACGGGAGGCUCUGAGAAGACCUAUGGGGCCCAUUCAUUAUGAAGACAUCCGGGAAAAUGAGGCCCGGCAACUUGGUGUUGGCUAUUUUGCCUUUGCGCGAGACCAAGAGUUGAGAAACAAGCAAAUGAAGACGUUGGAGAUGCUGCGUGAGCAGACAACUGAUCAGAGAACCAAACGAGAAAACAUAAAGGAAAAACGAAAGGCUAUGUUAGAAGCAAGACUCGCCAAACUUCGACAGAAAAAGAUGAAAAAAUCCAAAGAAGAUGGAGAAGAAGAAAGUAGAGAUGGAGAUGCUGCUGAGCCUUUGGCCCUGGAACCAGAGCUGACUCCACAUCCUGUUGCCCAGAGCAGCAAAGUAGAAGUCAUUGUCCAGGAGAGGAAGGACACCAAGCCUGGGGUGCCACAUGUGCGGGAGUGGGACCGCGGCAAAGACUUUUCCUUUGGAUAUUGGACCAAGAAACAGUCGGAGCUCCGGGCUGAAAGAGAUCCUGAAUUUGCUCCACCUUCAGAUUACUUUGUGGGUCAGAAGAGAACUGGUUCUCUGGGCAGCCAGACAUGGAACAGACCUGGAUCAGCACCGAAUGACGCUUGGCAGCACUCUGGCCAGAGCGAGGAACCCAGCUCUUCACAGGCAUCCUCCACUCCUGCCCCCACAGGCCCACAACAAACCUCCCCGGUUACAUUCCAGACUCUGGAUGAUAUGAUAUCAUAUUAUAAACAAGUGACAUGAGUUUA